UUCUCCAUUACUUAUCUCCUGGCAUUACUCAUCCUGGGCACCUGAUCCUCCUUCCAAGUUUCCUGACACAGCUGUUCUCUUGACAGCAUGGAUGGGGAGGAAGAUGAUUUGUCUCUGCUGACCGCACUGCUGGAGGAGAACGAGUCAGCCUUGGACUGUAAUUCAGAAGAGAGUCACUCCUUGAUCCCAGAAGGUGGCGAGCCAGAUGCAUUUGAUGAGCUUUUUGAUGCUGAUGGGGACGGUGAAUCUUACACAGAGGAGGCUGAUGAUGAAGAAGUGGGAAAGACAGAAGACCAAAAGGAAAAUUUGGAUGCUCUCUUUGGAGAUAUGGGUGACUUAACAGAUGAAGAAGUUCCUACAUUUCAGUCAGCCGGAAAUAGGACCCCUGCCCCCAGUCAAGCAAAAACAAAUCAAGAGUUGCAAGACGAAUUAAGAAAAUUGCAAGAGCAAAUGAAGUCCUUACAAGAGCAGUUAAAAAUAGUGACGAUUAAACAGACUGCAAGUCCAGCCCUUCUGCAUAAGUCGCCUGAUAAGUCUCCACGGCCCCCUCUUAAGGAGAAGAAAGUUCAGAGAACUCAGGAGUCGUCGUGCUUUUCUGCAGAGCUUGAUGUUCCUGCCUUACCAAGGACUAAGCGGGUGGCCCGGACACCAAAGGCUUCACCUGCAGAGCCCAAAAACUCGUCUUCAAGGAUAACAAGUGCACCCUCCCAACCACUCCGAACUAUUCCUGGGAACAAACCUAGUGGGAUGACUAGAGAUCAGAGAGCAGGAACCCCAGGGAGCUCUGGGGAAAAGGCUCCAAUGGUCUCUGUGUCUGUGGAAGCCUUCUCCGGCCUGCGGCUCAGGCGGCCUCGAGUAUCCUCCACAGAGAUGAACAAGAAAAUGACUGGCCGAAAACUGAUCAGACUGUCUCAGAUCAAAGAAAAGAUGGCAAGUGAGAAUCUGGAAGAAAUAGACUGGGUGACGUUCGGGGUUAUAUUAAGGAAAGUUACCCCACAGAGCACUAACAGCGGAAAAACAUUUAGCAUCUGGCGGCUCAAUGAUCUCCAUGACCUGACACGGUAUGUGUCAUUGUUCUUGUUUGGAGAGGUCCACAAAGAGCUCUGGAAGACAGAGCAAGGUACUGUCAUAGGCCUACUCAACGCUAACCCCAUGAAGCCCAAGGAUGGUUCAGAGGAGGUGUGCUUAUCUAUUGAUCAUCCUCAAAAGGUCUUAAUUAUGGGUGAAGCUCUUGACCUGGGGACCUGUAAAGCGAAGAAGAAGAGUGGAGAGCCGUGUACCCAGACUGUUAAUUUGAACGACUGUGAGUACUGUCAGUACCACAUCCAGGCUCAGUACAAGAAGCUCAGUGCAAAACGAGCUGACUUGCAGUCCACCUUCUCCGGAGGACGUAUUCCCAAGAAGUUUGCCCGCAAAGGCGCUGGCCUAAAAGAACGGCUGUGUCAAGAUGGUUUUUACUAUGGAGGGGUUUCUUCUGCAGCAUAUGCGGCCUCAAUUGCAGCAUCUAUUGCUCCAAAGAAGAAGAUUCAAACCACUCUGACUAAUCUGGUUGUUAAGGGUACAAACUCGGUCAUUCAGGAAACACAAAAAAAACUUGGUAACUUUGUCUCUUCAUACUAAAUUUCUUUCUCUAGCUUAAAUAUGCGGUCUCUAGGAUUGAAAAUGUGGUCUCAGCCUCUCACAGAACCCCUCAGUCUGUGGGCUUGUGUUUUAGGGAUUGCAGAGAGCCCAACACCUGCCAUCCAGUCUAUCUCGGCAUCGGCCCUCUUGAAGCAACAGAAACAGCGUAUGUUGGAGAUAAGGAAAAAGAAAUCGGAAGACAUACAGAAACAAUUUCUCCAAAGCUCAAGUGAGAUGAAGAGCACAGCUGAGCCAUCCUCAUUGCGACAGCCCCCUGCUCAGUCUCCACGAACGGGGGCCGAGCUCCCCAGGCUGGAAGGAACCCUGGCUGCAUGGACGCCCAAGCUUGGGCGAGGCAUCUCAGAAGGAGGUGAUGUUCUCUUCUUUGAUGAGUCACCACCACCAAGACCAAAACUGGGUGCUUUAGCAGAAGCCAAAAAGUUAGCUGCUAUCACCAAAUUAAGGGCAAAAGGCCAGAUUCUUACAAAAACAAACCCAAAUAGCAUUAAAAGGAAGUCAAAGGACCCCAAGGACAUCCUGGAAGUGAAGGAACGUGUAGAGAAGAACAACACAUGCUCUCCUCAAGCUGAGGAUGAACUGGAGCCUGUCAGGAAAAAAAGGAGAGAGCAGCUUGCCUACCUGGAAUCUGAGGAAUUCCAGAAAAUUCUAAAAGCAAAAUCAAAGCACACAGGUAUCCUGAAAGAGGCCCAGGCUGUGCUGCAGGAGCGCUAUUUUGAGCCACUGGAGAAAAAAGAACAAAUGGAAGAAAAGAUGAGGAACAUCCGAGAAGUGAAAUGUCGAGUUGUGACCUGCAAUACAUGUGCCUACACCCACUUCAAGCCCUUGGAGACCUGCAUCAGCGAGCAGCACUCCUACCACUGGCAUGACGGCGUAAAGAGGUUUUUCAAGUGUCCCUGUGGGAACAGAAGUAUCUCCCUUGACAGACUCCCAAAAAAGCACUGCAGUAAUUGUGGCCUCUACAAAUGGGAACGGGAUGGAAUGCUAAAGGAAAAGACUGGUCCAAAGAUAGGAGGAGAAACUCUGUUACCAAGAGGAGAAGAACAUGCCAAAUUUCUAAAUAGCCUUAAAUAACCCUAACUUCAGACUUUUCCCCACAACCUACCUUGGUUCUCGUGGCUCAGGAAAAACAAGGGAUUAGCUCUGCCCAUGUUCUUGAUUGACAACAUCAAAAUAAGUGCCUAUUAAGCCCAUGAGAUUUGCCUACUGACCUUGCCCAGUUAUGUUGGUUUAACAUUGACAUCUAAGUGGAAAAUCAAGAUAUCAUUAUCUUUCCUGUUCUCACUGCAGAAUGACUACAUUACUGCAUUGACACAAAUUUUUUGCUCAAAAACUGGAAGGUAAACCAAGAGCUUUGUUUCUGUAUCUCUUGGUUGUAGUUUGUACCCUUGUUUAUCACAAUAAAGUCCUGGUGUCUAUAUGGACACUCAGAGGCAAAAAAAUUAAUUUAGCUUAACUUUAACUCCAGGUAAGUUGCUUAACUUCUGAGCUUCAGUUUCCUUAACUGUAAAAUGAGGGAGAUUGGACUAAAUGAUCU